AUGCCUGGUAGUAGCCAAUCUUCACAUCCGGAACAUGCAGCACAGCAGUGGCCACACCCCCCGGAGCGCAACUUGGAUGAGGACCAACCACUCCAGAUAAUUAAGCAAGUCUGGCCAUGCCGAGGUAUCAAGAUAGAGUUUCCUGACGGGAAGAGUCCCUGUGCUGAAUGGCCAUGGGAGGAGCAGGCAGAGCUAUCAAUGUCAUGGGAUGUCCACAUUCAGGGUGGCAUACUCACGGUGUAUGCCCCAAGCUGCUCAAAGUCAACAACUCAGGCAAGCGGACAGUGCCAGAAUUGCAGGACACUCCAAAAUAAUCAAAGACUCUGCCGCAUCCGGAGCCGCAUUAACCACGGCAUUGCAGAAACUACCCCAUACAAAUACCUCAGUACAUCAAGGCUGAUUGAGGUUCUUCGGCGAAAGGAUCGUCAGCUUGACUCCCUCAAACUACACCGCCUUAACAGUAACCAAAAGCUUGGCUUACUCACAAGUUCAAACUUGGAUUACAGGCGAUUUGUUAUGGCAGUGAGCGAGUGUAGUGCUCCUCGCAUCAAUCAUCUUGUUCACUCUGCACUGCGAAAGAAGCAUGGGAUCAAUGAAAUCAUUCGACUUAUUGGAAGAGCUGCAAUGGGAACUUACAAGCCCCGAUAUACAGAAGAAGAACACCUGAUGAGUGUUGUGCUCUAUCGCCUCGGGGGUGCUCGGGUAGCGGAGUUUGCACAUGCCGCACUCGGAACACCAGGUCUGACUGUAACACGACGGCACUGCACUACAUCAAUCCUUGCAUCACCAGCCUUCCCAACUCUAGAUGAACUCACAUCAAAUAUUGCAUCAGCAUAUUCGAUUGACGCUCCAUCUGGCAGUCGGGUCACAGGCCUCAUCUGUAUGGUUGAUGAGAUAAAGGUCGAGGAAACAUUGGACUGGUGCUCACGUACCAACAGUGUCAUUGGAUUGUGUCGCGAACACUCACAACCUAUGGCACAUGUCUUCAACAACAUUGAUGAUGCACAUCUCAUAUUUGAUGACUUGGCCAACAAGAAGGUCCACUUUGGUACUGAGGCCACAGUCGCAGCAAUAGGAGCACUCACCAGGAAACAUCGUGAAUACAUUGCACGCCCCUUCCUAAUCAGUGCCACAUGUAAGGGUGAAGAUGCAAGUAAACAUGCAGAACUUCUUCACGUUGCACUGAGAGCUUGUAGCCGAAAAAUGGACACAACAAAGGGAAGGGUGUACUGCAUUGCAUCCGAUGGUGAAUCCAGACGGGGAAAAGCCCUUGUCUCCCUAACAGAGCGCUUCCUGCUUUCACCAUUGUCCCCCCUCUAUGUGCACUUAGGUGGUCUUCCCCUCUUAAAUCUCAUGGUGGGAGAAGAUGAGAUAACAUCCGACAAAGACUACAAACAUGUGAUGAAACGACUUCGACAUACACACCUCCGUACCAGUGGUGUCUCAAUUGGCCGAGUCCAAAUAACACCUGCAGUCCUGCGAUCCCAUCUAGAGGCCAACGGAUGUUCUAUUGCCCGGAUCAACAACCUACUGAAUGCAACAGAUAAGCAAGAUGUAACAACAAUGCUGAACUUAAUGCAACUUAUCUGGUCGCUACCACCACCGCUUCCCACUGACAAACCAGUCCUUCAAGAAACCUGUAUUGCACUUAAUCAGCACUCAAAGCUCUUACGAUAUCUGAUCCUUCCCUAUAUAAACAUAGAACUUAGCCUCUAUGAACAACUCAAGUUCCUCAGUGCAGCCGCACACCUCACAUAUAUUCUUUUCACUCACCAAAAUGCUCGCUCUUCAUUCCUUCCCUUGCCGCUCUACCGUGACAUCCAGAUCAUGGUAAAAAAUGUCUACUUCUGCGUCGCAAAGGCCAAACGGGAUAAUCCUGAUGGGGAAUUUUUCAUAAUUUUGCUGGGCACUGAUCGGCUGGAAUGGAUCUUUGGCCUCAUUCGGUCUCAAAAUGGAAGUGAUGUGAAUGUUAGCACUUACAGUCUCUCUGGAAGAACCUCCGGUGCUGUGGAGUGCCAUUCGAUCCUUUCACAACGGCCAGAAUGGGACCGGGGUCCUUGCCGACUUCGGCUCCAAGGAGUGAGCGGGGGCGCCGGGUUUGAGCAGAAAGUGGAUCAUCUAAAUCCAGCAUCGUGGAAGGGAGACGUACAAGUGUCUGGUAUACAACUCGCAUCGGCAUGGAAGGCAGGCCGGUACCUUAUUGAAAGUGACCAUGAGCUUGCACCGUUCGAGCCAGUGGAGAAAUUGGCCAGAUGCGAGUCAAGUCUGGGUGCUGACCUGCUGAAUCCAUUUGGGACAGACGCCUAUGAAGAGGUGGAAAGUGAGGAGAUACUUGAUCCAAUGCCACAGCAGCCUCAGCAGUGCACAUCGACUUCGCCUAUGCCGUCGUCACUGGAGCUUGAGGAACUUGUUGACAGCGAACACAGCCGUCAGAAUGGGCUCGAAAGCACAGUGGAAGUGGCAGAUGGGAAGCAUGUACACAAGGCAAAGGUUUUGCGUGAAUUUACACGAUAUACAAGAACAUCAAACUCAACUGACCGUUUGAGACGAGUUGCAAACAUAUCCCGCUUUGCGCCAUCCUUCUCAAUGCCAAACCACCACAUUGGAGAUGAUUCAAUCACAGAGACAGAACACAUCUUGAUUCAAGAUGUGGUUGCGGUGCUCUUGCGGUGCGAAGGUGUCCCAUUCCUGGGUGUGGCGCAAGUGAACUCAAUCAAGAUUGACAAAUGUCCUCAAAGUGUCGUGUCAAAGGACUUCCUGAAGGAAGAAACAGUGUCUAUCGGCAUUCAGAUUCUCUCCCUAAAGCCGUCAAAUUCAAUUUUACCUAAUGGAAAGGAAAGCAACUGGGCCUGGAACCAUGGGUAUGACGGAAGUGUCACUGUUCCCGGAAAAUUUCUUCAACAGAUCAGUCCAGAUUUGAUAGAAAUUCUUGAAGCAGACGCACAAAAGAAAACUGUGGGUUAUGGUUUCCGUAGCGAUGAACUUCGAGAGUUGGCAGCAAUGAUGCUUGGAACACUCUCACCAGAGGACAUACGAAAGAUCGUUGAGAUCAAGCGAACAGACGACUUUCCUUACCAGCUUCACAGUGAGUAUAACAGGCAGACAUCCUAG